AAAUGCUGAAUCAAAAAACGCAAGCGGGGGAAGUCUUGUACACCAAAACUCUGUGAUGGACACGCAUACAUAGAAGACUUGAGAAUUGAAUGUUCAUAUAUCUUACAACAAACUAGCACUACGUCCCUACUGUUACCUACUUUACAAAGCAAACCCAAAAAGUGAUCAACAAGAUCCUUUUCCCCUUUGUUCAACCUUAAUCGAUUUUGCCAUCAGGGUUUUACAAUAUCAUCCACGAAAAUCGAAUUUGAAGCCUUGAAAAAAUUGUGUCUUUAUAUUUUUCCGCAGGGAAAAAAAAUUUGCAUCUUGAAAGGUGCAAAUUAAGUUCUGGUGUUAUGGAUGAUGAUGUGGUGCAGCGAGUAUUUCAAGAAGGGGGCCGCGAUUACUACCAACAGCAGCCUUCCACUUCCUCGUCUUCCCCUUCCAUUCUUCAAUCCCUUCCUCUUCAUGUGUUUGAAGUGGAGCUUGGCGUAACUGUAAAGUUGCUGCUAUGUGACAAGGAGUCCUUUGAUCAUGGCUAUUACUUGUUGGUAAAAUCUGUUCAAGAACUUCGUUCUAAGAAAGAGGGUGUUGUAACUGUUGGCAUUGGUGGCCCAAGCGGAUCAGGUAAAACGAGCUUGGCAGAGAAAGUAGCAUCUGUGAUUGGUUGUAUUGUUGUGUCGAUGGAGAAUUAUCGCACUGGAGUGGAUGAUGGAAAUGAUAUGGAUUUAAUAGACUUUGAUCUUCUCGUCAAGAAUCUUGAGGACCUGAUAAAAGGUCGUGAUACAUUUAUCCCAGUGUUUGAUUUCCAAGGACGAAGACGCAUUGGUACUAAAGCAAUAAAAAGUAGCUCAUCAGGAGUGGUAAUAGUUGAUGGUGCUUAUGCUUUGCAUGCAAGACUACGGUCUUUGCUAGAUAUACGGGUUGCUGUGGUUGGUGGGGUUCACUUCAGUCUUCUUUCUAAAGUUCAGUACGAUAUAGGAGAAUCUUGCCCGCUGGAUUCCCUAAUCGACAGUAUUUUCCCUCUGUUCAGGAAGCAUAUUGAACCAGACCUUCAUCAUGCUCAGAUCAGAAUUAACAACAGUUUUGUGUCAUCAUUUAGAGAGCCAAUCUACAAGCUCAAGUGCAAAAGUGAGCAAUUAGAAGAUGAACAUGCAUCUCAUGUAUUCCAUGGAAAGGAAGCACAAGUCGACAAUUUUAUUGAGAUGUACCUGAGACCUCCAUCUGCCAGUGAAGAAGCACGCAUUAAUGAUUGGAUUAAGGUGCGUCAAUCGGGUAUCAGAUACUAUCUCUCUUUGGGUGAUCAACGGAUUGUUGACAAAAAUUUCAUAAUUCGGCCCAAAGCUGAAUUUGAGGUUGGACGGAUGACCCUGGGUGGAUUGCUGGCUUUGGGAUACAAUGUAGUAGUAAGUUACAAAAGGGCAUCAACAUCAGUUAUUGAGGGCAGCUUCUCAAAUUCGUUGGAAACGAUCGACACUCUUGGCGAGACAUAUCUGGUUUUGCGGGGAAUAAAUCGGAAAAUGGUUGGAGCUGAAGCAUCGAGGAUGGGUAUUAAUGGACCUUGGAUUACUAAAUCAUAUCUAGAGAUGAUUCUGGAGAGGAAAGGUGUACCACGUCUGAAUACACCACCGUUGUCUAAUCCGCCUAAUGCUGUUUUAGCUAGCAACCAAGAGAGGCUGAUCACAGCUCCAAAGCCGCUUCGUGUUAGUUCAAACUUGGUCAACCGGCUAGAAGAUUUAUCUCAGCCUUGGACGCGUUCCCCCACAAAGUCCAAAAUGGAACCUGUCUUAGCAACAUGGCAUUUUCUCUCACUGGAUCCAGCACUUGCUCAUGGCUCUGUUACAGAUCCUACUUCUUCCAGGGAUGUCCUGCAGCUUGCUCCUAUGCCUGAUUCAUAUGAUUUGGACAGAGGAUUACUUCUUUCUGUUCAAGCAAUCCAGGCUUUACUGGAGAACAAGGGUCUUCCAGUUAUAGUUGGAAUUGGAGGUCCGAGCGGAUCUGGAAAAACGAGUUUGGCUCGUAAGAUGGCAAAUAUUGUUGGCUGCGAAGUUGUUUCCCUUGAAAGCUAUUACAAGUCUGAACAUGUAAAGGACUUUAAAUAUGAUGAUUUUAGCUCUCUUGAUCUCGGUUUGCUGUCAAAGAAUAUCAGUGACAUCAGAAAUUGCCGAAGAACGAAAGCACCUAUCUUUGACCUUGAAUCAGGCGCUCGUAGUGGCUUCAAGGAGCUUGAAGUUUCUGAAGAAUGUGGAGUGGUCAUUUUUGAAGGUGUUUAUGCUUUGCAUCCUGACAUCAGAAAAUCACUGGAUUUGUGGAUUGCUGUUGUUGGAGGUGUGCAUUCACAUCUUCUUUCCCGAGUUCAAAGAGACAAAAGUAGAGUUGGCUGCUUUAUGUCCCAAAAUGAAAUUAUGACAACUGUGUUUCCAAUGUUCCAGCAGUACAUUGAACCACAUCUUGUUCAUGCACAUCUAAAAAUCAGGAACGACUUUGAUCCUGUGCUCUCUCCUGAGAGUUCAUUGUUUGUGCUGAAAAGCAAUAAACAGGUGGCAUAUCAAGAUAUCUUGAGAAUUCUUGACCCUACCAAGAUAUGUAGUUCUGUCCAGAAUUUUAUUGAUAUAUACUUGCGGCUUCCUGGAAUACCUGCCAAUGGCCAGUUAACUGAGAGUGAUUGCAUUAGAGUCAGAAUAUGUGAAGGAAGAUUUGCAUUGCUAAUACGCGAGCCUAUAAGAGAAGGAAAUUAUAUUAUUCAGCCGAAAGUGGACUUCGAUAUCAGCAUUAGUACUGUUGCCGGCCUCCUUAAUCUUGGGUAUCAAGCAGUCGCGUAUAUUGAAGCUUCAGCUUAUAUCUACCAAGAUGGGAAGAUUCUUAUAGAGGUUGAUCAUCUACAAGAUGUACCUAGCCCUUACAUACAAAUUAAAGGGGUCAAUAAAGAGGUUGUGGCAGCUGCUGGUUCAACACUCAAAUUAGAUGGUUCAUAUACGACCAAGAGUUAUCUUCAAAUAGUUUUAGAAAGGUUGCCUGCAUUAGAGAAAAGUUCAAGUGGUAUCCAUUCUCAACAGGCAGCAAGGUUGCAAGAACUUGUGGAAUACAUACAAUCUCAGGGAAGCAGUUCAUCUUCAGAGUCCUCGCCCAGAAGAGAGAUUUCACCAUUGGAUGGUGUAAUUGAAGACAUGCAGUCAAGAAUUAAAAGGCUUGAACGAUGGCAAAUGAUCAAUACGGUUCUAUGGACAUUUUUUAUGUCUGCUUUUGUUGGUUAUUCACUCUACCAGAGGAAGAGGCAAUAGAAGGGUUAUAAAGUUGAUUCAGCAAAGCUAAUGCUUGACCAUCAGUGACUGGCUCCUUUGAACAAUCUCAUAGCUUCCUGUGAUCGUCACAUUUUUAUCGGGUGAUUGAUCUACUUCUAAUUGACUUUCGAUUUUAUGCCCUGAAAUGUAUGAUGUGUGGCUCCACAUCUGUAAAUACUAAUCUGCAACUGCUCAAAGAAAUGCGAGUCAUCCGUAAUCAAUGUUGCAAAAGUUUUCUAAUCAAAACUGAAUAUUUUUGUGUC